AUGGCGUCAUCCAACCCAGAACUGUCAUUCGGCACUGAAGUCAUUUCACGCAGCUUUUCUCUGAGACGAUAUCUGCAGCACCAGCCCGUCGACUCUCCACGCGUUGUUCCGCGCCCAAUAAAUAUCCGGGAUAUUCGUGGAGUCAUUGCGCCAGCACCCCUCAGCCCGAUCCCAGAGCUUGUACGGCGCAGAAUCUUUGUCAGCCGCGCGGCUUUUACGUCUCUCGAGGUCCGGUGGCUGAUGGAUGUACUGAUUGAAAGUCUACAAGAAUUUGGACGAUUGGCCAUGAAAGCAUCACCCUCUGUCAGAAUCCAGCUACACAUACCACAAGACAUAAAGACCGCCGCGCAGAUCAAGAAGAUGCAAGCCGCACUUGCACUGCUCCUACGACAAGUGCCACUUCUGAGGGCCGAACGUGAGAGGUUGAAUGCACUGGCAGGUAGCGAAGCUACAUGGGACGAUGUUAAUCAGCUGGCUGUUCCUCUCGAGUCAAUGGCGAGUAUCAUGCGGCUCAGGGACGGAAUUCCACCGCGGUUCGUGCACAAGAAGACCGAGAUUGCGUAUCUCAAAGCCGCAAUGGACCUAGCCGCAAACAAGGCGGCUCAGGAGUGA